CCCACCACGGAUUUCAGAACUCAGAUUUAGGCCUUCUCUAAGCAAUUCGGCCAGCAAACGACGGCUAGGCGGCAACCAUGCCAGCCAUAACUCGCGCGUCGUUAAACCGCGUCGACGCGGCCGGCGUAUGGUUCGACUGCAACGACGGCUUCGCGUGCCGCGUGACCCCCGUCGCGCGCAACCUCUUCCGCGUGCUCUUCCUCCGCCCCGGCGGCCUCCGCGAGCCCCGCACCUGGUCCGUCUGCUGCGGCCGCGCAGCGGGGGAAGAAUCCGCAGCCGUAGCCACGAAAUCUGAAUCCGAAUCUGUAGCCGCGAAAUCUGCUGCGGAAGCUUCAUCUCUAGCAGCAGAACCAGCAGCAGCAGGAGUGGCGAUUCAAGUGCCCUUCACGGACAAUCUCCCGCGAAGCCCGCUGCUGCCUUCCCCGUACGAUCCGCCAUGGGAGGGGUACGACCGCCUUAAUAUCCCCUUCGCGCGCGUAGAUUGUACGGUCGAGCAGACAACAGUGGCGCUGAGGGAACAGGGCACUCUACCGCAAUCGGGGAGCACUGUAACGGAGGGUGCUGUGCCCCAAGCUCCAGCCGUUGUCAUCCGCUCGUCUCAGCUGAUCCUGACCGUCCGAUUGGAGCCGUUUCACCUCUCAUGGGCCGUACCUAGCAGCACCGCACCUGACAGCCCCGCACCUGGCAGCACCGCACUUGACAGUGGCAGCACCGUAUUCGCGGAGGAUCGGGAGUGCUGCCCCUUUCGCUUCUCUGACCGCUCCUUCGCCUUCGACCAUGCCAUGAAACGCUGCCCGCCCAACGCUGCUGCCGCUGAUGCUGCUCAUGCUGAUGCUGUUGGUGAUGCUGCUGGUGAUGCUGCUGGUGAUACUGGUAGUGCUGGUGGUUCUGUUUCUGGUGCUGGCACAGCACCGGCAGCAGCAGGGGUUGAGGCAGCAGCAGCAGCCGGAGGGGAUUUCUUUUUCGGUCUAGGCGACAAGACCGGCCCUCUGAACCUGCACUCGCGGCGCCUGGCUGUCGGCAUGCGCGACGCGCUCGGCUUCGACCCGAUACAAGGCGAUCCCCUUUACAAGCACUGGCCGCUCUUAAUGACCCGCGACGGCCACACGGGCGUGUGCUACGGCCAGCUGUACGACAGCCUGGCAGACGGUGCUGACGUGGACUUGGGGUGUGAGCACAGCAAUUAUUACGGGCCGUAUCGGGUGUGGAGGGCGAGGGAUGGGGACCUGGAUAUGUACAUGGGUGUGGGUCCGGGGGUGAGAGAGGUGGUAGGGACUUUCUCUAGGCUGAUGACUGGCGGACUGGGAGGAGGGCGUGGGGAGAGAGGGGUGGGAGGGGUUGAGGAGCGAGGUGUGGAGAGUGGUGGAGGGGAGGUGGGAGGAAGAGGAAGAGUGGAAGGGAGUGGUCGGGUUAACGAACACAGGGGGCAACCGCCACCACUAUCACCAUCAUCACCUGCUCUAUCUGUAGGGCCUGCUCUGAUACCACGCUGGACCCUGGGCCUUCACCUGACCGCCAUGCCGCUAGCUGACGCCCCAGAUGCGCAGGCCCGCAUCUCCCGGUUCAUCUCAGCCGCCCAUUCCACCCACAUGCCAGUCAGCGCGUUCCACUUUGGGUCCGGCUACACCACGAUUGGCAAGCGCCGGUACGUUUUCCACUGGAACUUAGCUAAGUUCCCGGACCCGCAGGGGCUGGUGGGGGAGAUGAGGAGUGCGGGGAUGCGGGUGGUGGCGAAUGUGAAGCCGUGCAUGCUGGUGGAUCAUCCGCGGUAUGGGGAGGUGGCGGCAGACGGUGGGUUUGUCUUUUCGAGUGGCUCCCCAGCUGCAGGAGCUGCAGAGAGGGGAGGAAGCGGAGGAGGAGGCGGAGGAGGAGGAGGCGGAGGACCAGGAGCUGGGGUCGCAGCAGGAGCAGGAGCAGAAUUUCUGCAAAAUCCUAGGGCAGCAGAGUCGCCAGUCAGUGCUGAAGCAAGGCCGGCAGCCAUAAGUCAGUUCUGGGACGGGCUGGGAGCACAUCUGGACUUCACCAACCCACGCACCAUCGCCUGGUGGCAGGCCAACAUGCAGAGGGCGCUGCUCGAUACCGGUAUCGAGGCGGCGUGGAAUGACAAUAACGAGUACGAGAUCUGGGAGGAGGACGCUUAUAGUCACAUGUUUGGUCGGUCCGAACCUCUCUUUCUGCACCGGCCGAUUCAUGCGCUCCUCAUGACCCGAGCCUCGUUUGAGCAGCAGGUUCGGGCCGAGCCUGGCCGCCGAGCCUAUGCAGUUACCAGAGCUGGAAGCUUCGGCAUUCAGAGAUACGCUCAAACUUGGUCCGGGGACAACUCCACCAGCUGGAAAUCUCUAAGGUAUAGUAACACUCAUGUACAGAGCAUUUGCGUAUUUUGUCAUAUAAUGAUUGCUCAGUAUGAAUGUAUACACAUGGCUCUUACACUGUUUUUCCUUGUCUUCUUUCUCUCCUCUGUCCCCAACCCCCCCCCUUCAGUCUCGCAUUAUCCUCUCCUCUCUUUUUUUGCAACCCCCCGCUCCCCUCAAAAUCCCUCCUCUCCCCCCCCCCCCUCCCCCCUCUCCUCCCGGCCCUCCCCAUUCCUUCACCCCAUUCCCCCCCUUUUGGAAAUUACCAGGUGGAAUCUCCGCCUCGGCCUCUGUCUCUCCCUCUCCGGUCUCUUCAACUGCGGUCACGACAUCGGGGGCUUCUCCGGACCUCCUCCCGAGCCUGAGCUUCUGGUUCGGUGGGUCCAAGCCGGCCUGCUGCACCCGCGAUUUCUCAUGAACAGCUGGAAGCCCGACGGCACCAUCACCUGCCCUUGGAUGUACCCCGAAUCGAUCCCGGCCGUCCGUUGGUCCGUGAGGUUGCGCUACCGCCUCAUCCCCUACCUCUACUCUCUCUCGUUCCGCUCGUCUUUUUUCCACGAGCCCAUUAUCCGCCCGACGUUUUACGAUUUUCCAGAGGACGGGCGGUGCUGGAGGGAUGGGGAUGAGCUCAUGGUGGGGCCGAUGCUGCUGGCAGCGCCAGUGGUGGAACGCGGGGCACGCCAGAGAAAACUUUACCUGCCCAGUCAGAAGCCGGGGCAGCCGGAGGGCUGGUUUGAUUUCUAUUCGGAGGAGUUUUUUCUUUCCGGGCAGGUUGUGAUCGUGGCGGCUCCGCUUGAUAGGGUGCCACUGUUUGUGCGGGCGGGCGGCAUAGUGGCGAUGAGUGAGAGCACUGUGGACUUUAGUGGGUUGCAUGAUGAGGGGUCUCGGGUUCUCCGGGUGUUCCCUCCCCCUGUGGGGCCUGCUGCUGCUGUUGGUGGUGCUGCUAGUUCUUCUGCUGCUGCCGCUGCUGCUGCUGCUGCUGCUGCUGCUUCUGCUCCCACCGCUAGCACAGCUGCUACAGCAGGAGCAGGGGGGGAAGGGGGGGAGAGCCAGUGGGUCUUGUACGAGGACGAUGGGGAGACUCUUAAAGGGGACAGAGCCGAGGUGCAUGUGCACAUGCGGUGGGAUGCACAGAAGGUGGUGGUGACUGUAUCGCUUGUGCACGUACAGGGGGAGAGUGGGGGAGAGAGCGAGGGAGAGCGUGGUGGAGCGAUUAAGGCAGAGAGUGAGGGAGUGAGUCAGGGAGAGAGUGGUGAUAGCAGCAGGGAGGAGAGUGGCCGAGGAGGGGGGUACAGAGUGCCCUGGGAGACACUCAAGGUGGCUCUACCAGCUGCGGACACAAGGGAGCUGGAGAUACGGUGGGGGGGGGGAGGGGGGGAAAUGGGGGGAGCAAGGUGGUGAACAACCAAGGGCAGGUGGUUAGAGUGGAGAAGGGAGCGUUUGUUUGGCACUCCUUGUGAUACUGGUGUGGGAGGAUGGCGCUGCCUGCUGCAGACAGUCGGGAGUUGGAGAUACAGAGGGGGGAUGGAGGGGUGAAGGCAAGGUGGUGAAUGGCAGAGGGCUGGUGGUUCGAUUGGAGAAGGGGGAGGUUUGUUUGGCACGUACUGUGAUACAGGUGUGAGAGGAGGAAGGGUGUAGAGGGGGGUGGGAGGGGAGGAGUUGGGAGGAGGGGGGAGGUGUUGUGAUAUGCGACUACAUGCCAAGUGUUUACCGGACGUAAGUGUGCAUUGCUAUACUGUAUACUUUUUAUGAUACAUACCCACCGUGACUAGUACAGUAUCCCUCGGUGUUGUGGCAACUACAU